AUGUCGCUCCCCUCUCACUGCCUGGAGAAUUCCGUAUUCUUUCGCAAAGGCGAUUACCUAAACUUCGAAAAACUGUCGAAUGGAGUAAAAACGAGUCUGAAGUUCGCAAAAAUCCCCGACUUCCACACGAUCGAUGAGGAAUCGUACUUCGCAGCUGAGAUGAGAAUUGAAGGUUUGAAAGUAAUGACUGCAGCCCUAGCAGCUGACGACGUACUAAAUAUUCGUCUGCAGGAGGCGAAAAACCCAAGUGCGAUUAGAAACAUAAAUUUCUUCAUUCCAAUUGAGGCCAAUGCACAACUGGUUUCCGUUGAAGUUUUCGGGGGAGAAACAAUUUACAUUCGUGCACCAGUUGUCGAAAUUCCUCCCUAAGACGACGAAACAACUUGUGCAAUAUAUUUUGUGAUAUUUAAAGCCUGAA